AUGGAACACUAUAAUUUCCGGAUAUUCCAAGCAAAACAUUCGUAUGAAGUUCUAAAGCUGUUCAGACAUAUGCGAAACGAGUUCCAUGGGGUCGAUAGCUUCAAUUUAGUGUUUGCGAUUAAAGCUUGCGUUGGUUUAUCGCUUUUGCUAGAUGGAAAAUCAGUUCACUGCUUGGUCUUUAAACAUGGGUUUGAGAGAGACCCGUAUAUUCUGCCUGUGCUUAUAAAUAUGUAUACUGAGUUGGGAUGUUUGGAUGAUGCAGAGAAAGUGUUUGAGUCCGUUCCUGACAGGAAUGUAGUUGUUUGGGGUGCCAUGAUGAAAGGGCACUUGAAAUUUUCAAACGAAUUUAAAGCAUCACUUGUGGAUAUGUAUAUGAAGUGCGGUUUAGCUGAUUUAGCCGUAAAAUUGUUUAUCGAAAUACCUGAGAAGGAUGUAGUUUUGUGGACUGUGAUUGUUGCUGGGUGUGCAAAAAAUGGUAGUGCUUGGGAAGCUGUUGGCUUGUUCAAACAGAUGUUUGAAGAUUCUGCAACUCCAAAUUCAGUCAUAUUAUCGGGCAUUCUUCUUGGUUGCACACACAUGGGUUCUUUGCAACAUGGAAAGAGUGUUCAUUGGUACAUGUUAAGAAAUGGGGUUGAGUUGGAUUUGGUGAAUUGUACUUCUUUCAUUGACAUGUAUGCCAAAUGUGGUUGUAUUGCAGCAGCUAACAAAUUUUUCAAUCAGAUGCCCAAGAAAAAUGUGUUUUCUUGGAGUGCAAUGAUCAAUGGAUUUGAAAUGCCUGGCCUGUACUCUGAAGCAAUUGCUGUUUUUAACCAAAUGAGAUUGGAAGAUCAAGUACCCAAUGCCGUCACAUUUGUUUCUGUUCUGUCGGCUUGCAGUCAUUCUGGAAGGGUUGAAGAAGGAUGGAACUAUUUUAAAUCAAUGAGUAGGGAUUAUGGAAUUGCACCAACAGAGGAACAUUUUGCUUGCAUUAUAGAUUUGUUAGGUAGGGCAGGAAAGAUGGACGAAGCUUUGUCCAUCACAAGUAACAUGCCCAUGGAUCCUGGAGCUAGUGCAUGGGGAGCUCUGUUGAGUGCAUGUAGAAUUCAUAAGCAAAUUGAGUUAGCAGAAGAAGUGACCAAGAGGUUCCUUCCCUUAGAGACUGAUAGUUCUUCUGUGUAUGUUUUGCUUUCUAAUAUUUAUGCUGAUCUUGGGAUGUGGGAUUUGGUGAAGAAGAUAAGAAAGGAAUUUGGUGAGAAAGGAGUUCAUAAGAGUGCUGGUUUUGCCUCGACUGAGGUUGAGAAGAACUUUUAUAUAUUCAGGUCAGAGGAUAAACAGACUUACGAUAACACACAAAUCGAGGGGGUGUGGAUUUCUAUGCAUGAGCAAAUGAGAGAACUAGGUUAUGUGCCAGAUAUCGGAUUUGUUCAUCAUGAUAUAGAUAAUGAGUUUAAGGCAGAAGUACUUUGUGGCCAUGGAAAGAAACUGGAAAUUAUAUGA